CACACACACACACACACACACACCCAUGGGGAGCCGCCCUGCCCCCAGGGUUCCCGAGAACCACGUCAGCUGGGUACCGGCUGCCCUUGACCAGACUGUCAGCCUUGGACUCCUCCACGGCCCCUGGUGGCCCUGCGAUGGGCAGGGGUCUCGCCGGCAGUCGCCAAGCCCCCCAGGCCCCAGAAGCAGAGCGGUUGGGCCAGGGGACAGACGGUGUGAGGCAGGAUCAGCUGUGGAGGGAGCUCGUGGAGGCCGAGAGGAGGGGCCAACAGCGCUGGGCUCAGCACUGGAGUUUCCUGAAAGACUACGACCCCUUGGGCAAUAGGAAGGAGCCUGUGCAGCUGCCGGAGCACGUGUCUCUCUUUUCCGACACAGUCCCCAACUCCGCCAACCAGGUGGUGGGCAGCAGGGUGAACACGCCCCUGGGGCAAACCCUCAUCGGGAUGGACUUCUUCUGUGUCAGUGGAGUCCGGAAAAAGAAACUGGAAGCCGAGCUGCAGCCCGUGUAGGGGGAGGAGGCAGUACCCGCCCGCUGCUGAACAACCCAACCAGAGGCCCCGGGGAUUCCCACCGCAUGGGCGAAGGCAGGAGCAGCUGGCACGCAAAUCGUGUUCUCUGACAAUUAGCAGACUUUACCGAAACCACGGGGCACAUUCAGUCCACCGUGGAGACCCCCUCUGCACAUAACACCUAAAAUGAUGCCUG